AUGCUACGGGCACAUGGGUACCUUCACUUCCAUCUGAGCUGCGACUCCUCUCUUCAUGGCCGCCAUCCUCGCCCGCGGUCAUCUUCCUCUUCCACUACGUUGGUUAAUGUGGGGAGAAGAGGAGGGCGGUCCUCUCUGCUUUUCCAAACCCGUGCUACUGGUUCUAAUUACGGUGAUGCCGCCCUUAUAUCUCGUACACAAGUAUGUGCUUUCCUUUCUCGGCCUCGACGUCCGCUUAACCUCUGCCAAUUGGGAUGCCUGUUUGGUAGCUUUUACUCUACUAUUUUGGUCGAGGUUCCUCGCAUUAAAUCCAGUCUAAGAAUGCGACUAAGAAUGUCGGGGAAAGGCUGGACGAUUGCUGAGUUGGGAAGAUAACACAUUCUAAUAGUAAAAUGAACAACUAAUGAAUCUAUUGUAAAUGGUCAGGUGCUAUUAGGGGAUUCAGUGAUGAAACUCGUAGACAGUUAAAAAGGCUGAUUCCCUGUUGUCUGAAAGAGUUUUGAGUGCAAGGCAGACUUUAUAAGACCAAGAACUAGUGCAUAUGAGAUUUUCAGCUCGUAAUGAGCAUAAGACGCGACAUGUAAUUAACGGACUGCAUACGGCGAGCAUUUAUGCUAGAAAUGUUCUGUAUUCCUCUGCUGUUUGACCUAUUACUCUGAAAUGUCUACUCUUUCAUGGAAAUACUAAAUCAUUUAAAGCUGACAGCUCAUGUAAAAAUAACAUCGUCAUAUUUAAUCCAAUCCGGGAACAUGCGUUAAAUCUAGAGUUUGUCCAAACAUGACCACCCAACGUAGCUCAAUCUCUGCAGUUUGCUGUUGAAAGUUAUCAUUCAGCUUUAACUGUGCCCGCUUGCUGUUCUUCUGACGUUUAUGCAUUCUUAAAAUCCAAUUUUGUAUGAAGUUCCAGAUGCAAUUCUGUUCAAUACAUUGUGGACAAGGGUUUCUUAUUGUUCCAUCAUCAUCAUAAUCAGCGUGUAAACUGUGCAUUUGCUGAUCUAUUUUGGCCUACCUAUUCAAAUCCUCAUUUUAGUUUCAUUUUUAUGGCUUUCUGAGCUCCUAAAAAUCAUAAUCUCAUUGCUGUAUAAAGUUCAAGGUCAUCUGGGGACUGUUGACACUCAUUAUUGAUAAUGAACACAAUGGAAAUGGAUGACACCCGCCAACAAAAAAAGUUUAGAUUUAUGGUAUAGUUUACAUAAUGGCUUUUCAUUUUACGUUGAAUUUUCAAUUAUUGAUGUAACUUGUUAUGUUGGAGGUGUUGUAUACAUGUAGAUACCUUCCUUUCAUUUAUUAUUUCACAAAUAUGCGGAACUUUCUACUUUCUAAAAAUGAAAGGUUCAAGGCCUUCUUACGCAUAUACUUAUGUGUCUUGAGAGAGCUUAAAUAUUUUCUUUUUGCUACUAAAUGCACAUCUUGACUUAAGCUGUGGCAUUUUCUACCCUGAAGAGGAUUAUGGAAAACAUUUCAACCAGUGCUGAAGUAGGAGGUGCUGGAGGAGGUUACUCUUAUGAUGCAUUGAAGAGGCUGGACAAUUUGCUUUAUAACAUUUGCCAUACGACAGCAAGUUAGUUAUUUCUCUAUUUAUUGUGUCCCUUUACGUCAUUGGUGCUAUUAUUAUCUGAGGGCCGUGGGAUUAUUCUUUCUAUCCAUAUGAAUAUUGCAGGAAAGAACCUAUAAGUAGGAGUUCGGUUCUUAGUUAGGCAUUUCCUAGUUUGUUGGUUCGUUUCCUAGUUGUUAAGUGGUCUCCUUGUUUUGUGGCCCUGAUACUUGUACAUAGCAGGCAUCAAUGAUGUGAAUAUGAGUAUGUUUUUUUGCUGCAUAUCCUUGUAGGGUUUGCGCCACUGUUCAUGAAAAAUAUCUUAGAAAAUCUUGUUGUGUAAUUGUUCGAGUGUUGCCGAUCAUAGUUUGAUUUCCUUACUCCGUUAUAUUGGACACCUCUCUGGCCUUAAAAAUAUCAACUGACUGGGCAUAAGAGCAAUCUACUAUUUUGGAAUCAUAACUUCUCAUGUGAGCACAUUGCUGAGGCUUAACUUUACAUAUGCAGAUGCGAAGGACAAGUUUCAAGUGGUUUUCUCCUUUCCUAAUUCCUCCGGGCGUUCCUAUUCUGACGAAUUUUUUUUUCCUACUUUUGAUAUAUUGGUUUGUGGUGGCACUUUGGGAAUCUUUUUUGCUUUGGCAUUGGCUUCCAAGGGCCUUAAAGUUGGAGUUGUGGAAAAGAACCUUUUAAAGGGGGUAUUGCUUCUCAUGUGUACUAGUCAGUCUUCCCCUGCCGUUUGAAAUUCGUAAGUUGAAUUACGUGCAUUUUAUCAGAGGGAACAGGAGUGGAAUAUCUCAAAAAAAGAGCUCAUGGAAUUGGUCCAUGCCGGUGUUCUUUCUGAAGAGGACAUUGAUCAUGUUACAUCUGCGAAGUUCAAUCCAGUACGAUUGUUGGACUUGGAAUUUUUCACUCUAUUCACUAAAAAAGUCAUAAAUAACGAAUUUCACGUUGGUAAACGUUUCAGAACAGAUGUGGAUUUGAAGGGAAAGGUGAAAUUUGGGUUGAAGACGUUCUUAAUCUUGGCGUUUUGUAAGUUUCACCCCUUUAAUGAUGCUUUUUCGGAAAUUUUGUUUGUUGUUUUAGUAAAUUAAUAAUUCUGUGAUGUGGUACCAAUUUAAUUGAUUAUCGCUUUACAUUACAAUGAUGGGGUUUAAGCUCUUUGUAGAAGAGACGAAAUUAUGAAUGCACCAUAUUAAUGUGAGCUUUCUCGUUUCCCACCUGGAAUUCAGUGAAUGCACUUAAAAUGUAAGGUUCUUUGAUGGAUUACCACUUUGGAUAAGUUUUAUAAUCAUAAAACACUUGAAAACACAUGGUCUUAAAUGUUUGUAACUGCAAAAUAUAAAUUUGGAUGGUGACAUUCAUCAUAGGGGGAGCGCUUUUCAUAAAUGAACUGUAAUGGAAAAGGUAAAUCGGCAUUAUAUUGCAAUAUUGAAUUUAAUCCUCGCUUUUAUUGAUGUCCCAUUGUUGAGUUCAAGUCUUGUGUGUUAGCUAUUUUUCUUCUCUCUUCAUCACAGGGACACAAUGGUGGUCAAUGAUGAUAAUAAUGCAAUAACCCAUAUCUAAUAAAUACUAGCCUUGAGAAGAAUAUGGUGUAUAUUGCAGUCAUUAAAUUUUUUGCAUUUCGAGAGCAUUUCAAGUAAAUGACAUAGAAGGUACAUAGUAUACGAGGGAAUAAUGAAGUAUUUGCUUUUUAUUUCUCUUGAAUCCACUGUUCAACUUUUCUCAGUCAAUGUGAAAGGUCGUAAAGAAGAAACUUAUAAGAAUGUACAUUCUUGUUUCUUUAAGUGCAUUUUGGUUACAUAGGAUGAUGAUAGAAAUAUCGGCAAGUAAACUGUUUAAAAGUAGCGAUAGUAACCAAAGGGAUAAUAGAGAAAACUAUAAAUAUUGUUGCAACUGUUAUCUAUAAAAGAGGUUACUUCAUCAGAGAUGGUGGCUUAUUUGAAUUCAAAGUAAUGUGAGUAAAAGUGUGUGCUGUAGUAAUGCCUCAUGCCUCCUAUUCCAGUGCACGCUCAUGUUGCAUGAUGAUCUAUACGAUUUGCUAGGUGGAAAUUCUGAAAUCAAGUGGAGAGAUGAGAUGCAUCCCUCAUUAAUUAGAAACUAUUUAUGUUCUGACACUGAUUAGAGGCUGAGAAGAUUCGUGACUUAUUUUUAGUGGUAACACUGAUGGUAGAUCAUUAUGUUAGUCCGCACUCAAUACAUGUUUGAGGUGAAUCUCAUAGAACUCUAGUGGGGUCUAUCAUACAUAAAAUUCAACAAUAAAGUAUAAUCUUUUUAAUGAUCCAAAAUAUUUCAUCUUUCUUCAUCACGACUCGUAAACUAGAUUGAAAAAUUCCAUGAAAUUGGUUAAUAAUUGAUUUACAUUUAUGGUAGGAACCUUGAUCCAUAAAAGAAUAGGAUUCUUUUCAACGGGAAUGAGAAACAAGGAUUAUGGGAAGAAGGUUUGAGUCAUGGAGAUCGAAUCGGCUCUACCACAAAUAGGCAGAGAAUCUCUGGGAACUUCUGGGACCAACUAUCUUCUCUACCCCCCUCACUAUACAACUAAGUCCCCUUGUUUAUAACCCUCAGCCCUCUCCUUUGGAUGUGGAUGCUAACUAACUUCCCCAAGUGGCAGCUGGACCCAUAAAAGCAGGAAGCUUCUUCCUUCUUGAGUAUGUCUUGAUGGAAGGCUUAUCGAUACUCUCCCCCCAUGGCUUUCACCUUGUUCUGAAGGUGAAACAUUGGAAAUUAUUGCAAUAGGGUAGAUAUAUGUUCUUCAAAGCUUCAAAGUCUAGUAAGUGUCGCCACUUGAUGAGAAAUUCCAAGCUUGUUGUAACUGAGCUUAGCCCAAUGUAAUCAUGUCGACCACUAUUUAGGUUUGUUAAUUGCAAAACACUUUUAUGUAAUUCUCCAUUCACCUAGUAAUGACUUCAGUCUGAUCGUCAAUUUAGGGAUGGUACGAUGAACUCAUCUUCAACUUAGUCCCAUAGAUAGUGUAUACUCUCACUAGAAUGUGCUAGUAAAAACAGUAUUUAAGUAAGAGAUUAUAGACUUUGAAAAACCAUGUAAUCUGAUAAUCUCUUUGACAAAAAAAAUUGCAACAUCUUUUGUCGAGAAGGGAUCUUUGGAGCAAGAAAAUGACUAUACAUAUUGAGUCAAUCAAUAAUCACGAGAAUAAAGUCAUACCCUACCAACUUGGGCAAACCUUCAAUGAAGUCCAUCGACUAAUCUUCCGAAAUUUGAUUUGGAAUUAGUAGUGGCUAAUAAUCUUGUUGAGACUAGUAAGGAUGAUUUAUACUAUUGGCAGAUUGAGUAACUAUCUACAUGCUGGUUAUCUUCUUCUUCAUUCCUAGUUAGCAAAGGUGUUGAGCUAUUCUUUUGUAAGUUUUAGGGUAACCCAAGUGUCCUCCUAAUGCAUUGUCGUGGAAUUCCUUCAGAAAGAUCAGAAUAAGUGUAUGUGGUUGGGGGCGAUACUAGUUUGUACUUGUAAAGGGGGGAUCUUUGGCAUAUCAAAUAAUUCAAUAGUGUUCAUGAGCUCUCGAGUAUGACCUGUUUGAUAGCAUUGAAUCAAAUAUCCUUUUCCACUUCUUGAUUGAUGGUGGUGACGUCAAAGAAAUAAGAAUUCGAAUCUAAGUCAGUAAAGAGAGCAUAUGCAGCCUUAUUUCUGUUUCCUUGUAUUUAAUUUUGAAGUUGAAGCCUAUUAACUUCGUCAGCCACUUGUGUGAACUUUUCUUUGAUCAAAUAAAAAUUUCAGGGUAUACUGAUCAGUCUAAGUAAUAAAAUGCUGAAAUAUCAAGUAGUGUUUCCACUUAUGCAUUGCUAUUACUAUGGCAAUUAGUUCCCUCUCAUAUGCCAAUUUUGAUCUCAAUUUCACUGGUAUUGCCUGAUUGGAAGUAAGCAAUGGGUCUACUAUGCUUCAUGAGCACCAGCCAAACUCCUAACAUGGGGGCAUCUUUCUCAACGAUGAAGAGUUGAUAGAAAUCUAGUAAAACCAACAUAGGCACUGAGGACAUAGCCUUCUUGAGCUCCUUGAAUGCUUGCUGUGUUUGGGUCGAUCAAUUAAAAGCAUCUCUUUUCAAGAGUUGACUUAGUGGUUAGGGAAUUGAUGUAUGCAAAUUCAUAAUGGUUAUGAUGAGUUUUAAAUACUAUCUUUUUAUCCUCCUUCAUCUAUAUCUAACAGUAUCUUGAUUUUAAAUCAAGUUUUGAGAAUAUGCACAUACCAUGAAGCUCGUCUAAUAUUUCAUCAACCAUUGGGAUUGAAAAUCGAUUGGGCACCAUCCCUUUGUUUAGGGCUGUGUAAUCAAUACAUAAUUGCUAGCUUGCAUCCUUUUUCUUGACUAAUAAGGUUGGGCUUAAGUAUGGGCUGCUGGAGUGAUGAAUUAUUCCUACAGAAAAUAAUUUUUGGACAAGUUGUUCAAUCUCAUGUUCUUAGAAGUGAGAGUACUUGUAGGGCUUGAGGUUGAUUGGUUGAAUACCAAGAAGGAGGUUGAUCGAGUGAUUAGAUCAUGCAUUGGGUGGUAACUCGUAACUCUGUAUGAACAUCUCAAGGAAUUUUUGCCUUAGCUUGUCUUCUAGGUUUGAUUGGGCCAAAUUUGAGAGGCUAUGAUCCGUGGAUCAAAACUUGUUGUAAUUCAAUCAUAUAGGUUUGACUCUCGCUGUAUAUGAUCCGUGGAUCAAAACUUGUUGAGAGGCUAUAUCUCUUGCUGUAUUGCUUUUAAGGGCAUGCAUGCCUUGUUGAGACUAGGUCUCCCUUCAAAGUAUACAUGUUGUCUUUGUGCAUCAUAGUGCUAGUAAAUCCAAUCCAAUGUCUUCAACCAUCAAAUACGAAAAAUUAUAUCAGUGUUACUCAAGUCAAGGGGUAAAAAAUUUUAGAGGAUUGUAAGGUAUUGAAUCUUUAUUGCUAUGUUAUGACAAAUUCUGGUCCCUACUGCCCAUAACGAUUCCAUAGCUAUGUAAUUCACUAAUCUUCACUAAUAAUCUUUAUAACAACUUAUUGCACAAGAAAUUGUGAGUGACUCUCCUAUCUAUGAAAAUGAUAAUAAUCUCAUCGUGUUAAGUCCCCCUCAACUUUAUGGUGCCGUGUUGCACAAUAAUGAUGUUAAGCUCACUCUUGCAUCUAUGACUUGGAGCAAAUCUCUCAUCAUAGUGGAAACAUAGUCCUUUUUACCCUUUUUUGCUUGGAAUUCCUCUUUUGUUAGCUUCAAGUGUUUGUAGUUUUCCUAGUUAAAACUAGAAGUAAUGAAGGGGAUUUGGAUAUACCUUCUCAAUCCAAGUGAGGAGUUUGGUAUUUGGGUUCUCUCACCCGAUGCAUAGGGUUUGCACCUCCUUUUGAAGGGAUUGGAGUAGUUUGGCAGUGAGGUAGAUAUGGCAUUUGGUUAGGCUUAUAGGUAUGCCAUUUGAUUCCAAGCCUGUUAGACUAUUUGGAGGUGGAUCUCAAAUUGGACCAAUGUGUCCAUGAUCUCCCCAAGGCCAUUUGGCUUGUACACUGUGAGUUCUGAUUUGAUUUCAAGUUUCAACCCUUUUAGGUAUGUGUCCUCAAGGACUUCAAUAGGUAUGCAUGGGAGAUAUGCUGCCAAUUGUUUGAAUUCAGCUCUAAAUUUAGGGAUCAAUUCCUCUUGCUUGAGGUUAAGGAGACAAUGAUCUAUGUUGCUGGUGCCUGAAGAUCCAAAACGACGUUCCAACUGGAUCUUGAAAUCUCGCCGAUCACAGAAGGGAAACCUGUCUUCCAUGCAUAAGUACCUGUCCAGUACAUGGAUUCAAGCGGAAGUACCUUUCUACGUUUCGAAUCCAACCUUCUGGAUUUUCUCCAUUGAAAAUAGGGAAUUUGUCUCUUCUUUCGACUUGAUGAAAAUCCAUACAAAAAUCUUGAUUCUAUGGUGGUUGUUGUGGGUUCUGGACAUGUGUCGUUUCUCCUUGAGUUUGUAAAUGAGAGCUCAGUGCGAUUGUUGGCAUCUGUUUCAAGAUUUGCUCCAUUAUCUCACCUUGUCGCCUUAGCUCCUGUCUGAAUGCUUCGACAUCAUUCUCAACUGACGCCAUACAAGCUUGGGUGAGCCAUUUGACCAUGCAAAUGUUGCCGAGACGCGGCUCUAGUACCAAAUGGUAAGAACCUUGUUUCAGAAAAGAAUAUGAUUCCUUUCAAGGGGAAUGGGAAUAGGGAUUUGGGGGAGAAGGUUUAAGUCAUGGAGACCGAAUUGGCUCUACCACAAACAGGCGCAGAGUCCCUGGGAACUUCUAGGACAAACUAUCUUCUCUACCCCCUCCUCCCCCCAUAUAACUGAGUCCCCUUAUUUAUAACCCUCCGCUCUCUCUUUCACAUGUGGAUGCUUACUAACUUCCAUGUGAGGUAGUUGGACCCAUAGAAGCUGGGAGCUUCUUCCUUCUUGAAUAUGUCUUGAUGGGAGGCUCAUCAGUUUACCAUAUAAUGAUUAGGCUAGUUCUAAGCUUAACCUCAUUCGACAUUUAAUUUCAAACAGAGAAUCUCUGACAGAGGUUAAUUCCAUUAAAGGUAGGUUUUAAAUUCUAUUACAGUUUCCCAGACUGUGAUCGGGAAGCUUAUAUGAUGUACUGUUACUAAUUAGAUCUUAAUGUAUGCAUGCGCGAACUUGUAAUAUAGUUUUUGCAGAUGAUUGCAUAUGCAUGCUCAGAAAGGUGUAAGGAGAGUAUUCCAUUGCCUGACAUCCAUUAGGCUAAUGAAUACUGUAAUGUUGUCAUGUUAUUAAUGGUAAUCCUGCUAUAAUAUUAUCAUCUAGAAUCACCGCAAGGAUGGAAUACUGGGAUUUCUUUAUGUAAUACAUGCUUAAUUUCUGAACUUUGUUAUUUUGAAAGUGAGGUCUAAAUGCCUCUGAAAAUUAUCUCAAUAUUCUCCUAGUGCAGGCCAGCAAAACUUUUGGAGAUUGUAAAAAGACGCUUUCUUUCUCUUGGUGGAGUCAUAUUUGAGGGCAGUGGCAUAUCCAAAAUAUGCAUCUACAACGACGCAGCUGUAUGGUCUUCUUCUUUCUAGAGAAAACCCUUAUUUCUUACUGCCACAAUCUUGGCUGUUACCAGUGCCCAAGCAUUGGUUGAGUGGUGGAAUUUAGAAAUGGAAUCAGAUCACAAUUCAAUGUAGUUCUAUUUUCUUAUUUUCACCUCCUAUAUUUCGCAAACUGCCUUGUUUUCUUUUUUUCUACCUCUAAUCGGCCCAGUUGAAUUCGACUUUCUUCCUCCCACAGUUUCUAAGGGAGGCCCAUUGCUUUAGUGACAUUCUAGGAUGCUAUGAAAUAAUCAGGCACUGCCUGACAAGAUUUUUGUUUCUACAGGAAGGUCUCUUUGUGAUUUAAUGUUUUGCAUGUUUUCUCUCUCAUGUAAUGCUCUUGGAAGAACAAAUCAUACAUCUUGGCUGGAGGGAAACAAUGUUAGAGAAAAUUAUCUUUCCAAGUUUCGUUUCUACAUUUAGUUUCAUAUAACACUCUAUGGCCAAAUAUUGAUAACCUUUCUAUGCUUCUUUUUGUCAUCGAAGUUUUUUCAUCUCCUGAGCAUUUGUAUUGAACAACAAAUGUUGAAGUGUUAGUUUGAUUUUUUUUUUUAAAUAGAUAUCCAUGUCUCAUUUCUCUGGAUUCAACACAUAGAUCCUAAUUGUUGUUAUGCCUUCUAGAUUUUGCACCUGUCUAAUGGCAAGGUUUUGUCCUCACGACUUGUCAUUGAUGCGAUGGGUAACUUUUCUCCAAUUGUAAAACAGGUCAGCCUUUUUGAUAUCUCAUCUAUAUUCUUGUCAUGUCAAACCAUCUCACUUUGCCGACCUGUAAGAGAUGGUUUGAUUUUUCAUGGAUAUCAUGGACACUAUACCUAUGUAUAAAACUGAGAAUGGUUUGAUUUAUGAGCAUUUUUAUUUAAGUCUUUAUGAUGAACAUGCUUAUGAGCAUUAAGUUUGUGCUUACAAAGCAGGAGUUAAAAACUAGUCCGGACCUGUAUGAUGAUAGAGCAUAUAGUGCCCUUAAAUUUUGAGAAUCUCUCAUAUUUCUCCAAAAAAUUUAUGUGAUGAAGAGAAAAAGAGGAGAUUAGAACAAGAGGGGAAAAAAAGAGACUUUUGCACGGGAAAUUAGUUCUAUUUAUUACCCCUCUUUCAAUGCCAGGAAUUGGAGUUCAAGAGAAUUAGAGAUAUUAUUUAUAGAUUCACAGAGAAUUAGAAAUAUUAUUUAUAGAUUCACAUAGAAUUAGAGAUAUUAUUUAUUGGGUUCAAGAAUAGCUAGCUCAGUUUCUUAUGUUUUUCUAUGAAGACCAUGGGGUGCCUCUGAUUAAAGUGCUAACUUCAAUGGGCCACAUGGAGCAUUUCAUUAAGAAAAUGAGCAGACUCUAGGAUGAUGAGCAGGAAGGCCCUCAUGUGAUUGGCGAGAAGUCUUAUCCCUCAGUUUGAAACCCAAGUGAAUGUGUUCUAGAGUUUCUAGUUCAAUUAUUGUAUGAAAGGCACAGAAUGCUAGAGAACAGAAAAUUAUUGUAGAUGUAGAUCUAAAAGGAAGAUGAUGAUAUUGAUACAGAAAUCAAUGACUAGCAGUAUAAAGAAUGCCACCUUUUAAUACAACUUGAGGCAUAGUUGUAUAUGACAAACUUUGAGUCGGAAAAACUGUGGUUUCAUUCUGUUGAGUACAAUGACAAACGUCUUGUGGCUUACAGGAACAAUGUUGAUACGACCCCAUUACUGACAUAUAGAAGGCAUAAGAAGGGGACUUGUGCACAGCACGUGUGAGGACUAUAAAUACCGCUCGGGGAGGGGGGGGGGGGGGAAGGUCAUACCAGGGGGAGAACAGUCGGAACCAGGAGAGGCAGGGGAAUCUUCUCGAAUUCACUCCCCACCCCUUUUACUCUUCCUUCUCUCUUCCUUUUCUUGUAUUCCGGUAGAACUGUCAUCCUGACGUUCUACCCUACAAACAUUGUCCCAAUUUCGUACAAUUGUUACUCUCUGGAUUCACUCAGAUCCGAUCCUUCUAAGGAGGAUCGUAUCAAAUGUCAGCUAUAUAUAUCCACUGAAUAUAGUUACAGUAAUAUAAAUCAGGCUAUGAUUAAUUAUUACGAACAUUGCAUCCGUAGGUCUACCCAUUUUCAUAUCUUCUAGAUUAUGAUAUACGUAACCUUUCUCUCCGUAAUUACAUCCCCAAAAAUUACACGGUAUCUUUAGUUGAUAACUUUGUUGCAGCAUAUUAUGAUGCAAAACUUGUAGAAUACUUCCAGUCAUAGAUGGACAAUCAGGUUUCAUAACAAAUAGUUUCUUUUGCUGUUAGGCUCCAGGAAAUGCUGCCUGCUGUGAUUGAUUAUGUAGACCGCUGGAAUAAUUACUGCCCUUUAGAAGGAACAAGAUACGGAUCCAGUAAAAGAAAGACAUUGGUCACUCUUCAUUCACUGUGUCUUUGACUCCGUUUAGCCUCACUAUUUCGCUGAAGUGAGUCUAAAGUUUGAUAAAUGGUAUCAUUUGGUUAUAAGAAAGGCACAGAGAGUCAAUGUUCCCCAUUUGAGCUAAACCUGAAGCAUUUGAUGCUCAUUCUCGCAUCAAAGAAUCCAGGAGGCUUUAAGCAAGUGUGGACAAGGCUAUAAUGCGAUAUUCAAUAGUCUGAGACGACCCUCUAAGAGCAUAAGUUUCAUUUUCCUGCUCUGAUUCCAUGGUAACAAAGAGAAGAAGGGGAACGGAAGUGAGGAAGGGUGGACGAUGACAUAAGAACUGAAAGGAGAACAUAUGUGCAUACAAGUGAUCCCUAUUGCUGAAUCAACCAUCAAGGGGGGGCAACAACAAUUUUCAGGAGAGAAAUGCUUUUAUCAAUGGAUGAACCUUGGCAAUUGCCAAAGGCUCUAACUUUUAUUUAUUCAGGAAUAAAAUUGAUAGGCAAGGUAUGUAUGGCAGUCUUUUUUAUACUUACUCUUGUUAAAAUCCUGCUAUGGAUGUAACCGCUUACACAAAGGCAAUUCACAUACGUUUAACUUUUUGGUGUACAUUCCUCUUUGAGAGUAGGCAUUAGAGGCUGCGUCCCUAAGACUGUCUUAUGAUUGAAAUGCUUCAAUUAAAAAAUGUGUUUUCAAUCUGUAGAAAAUGACUUCACGAAAGGUGAGCUUGAAAUAUUUAAAAUGUCAAGGUUAGCAUAUAUGCAUGCUUAAUAGUUCCAUGUGGUCAUUCGUGUCUUUACAUUUUGAUUUCUGGACUAUGGACAACACUUUUUAUUCCUCAAUGCAGAACCAUGACCUGUAUAAUUCUUAAGUACCAAGGUUCAUAAUGUUGUGCUUAACCUUUUAAUUUCCCCAUUCUGUAGAUUAGAUCAGGGAAAAAACCAGAUGGUAUAUGCCUUGUUGUUGGUUCUUGCUCCCGAGGUUUCAAAGAGAAUUCAAAAAGUGAUGUUAUCUUUAGUAGUGCAUCGGUGAGAACAGUUGGAGCCUCAAAACUGCAGUACUUUUGGGAGGUAUGCUGAUUACACCCUGUUUGUAUUAGGGCCGAUUGUUUUCAGCUUUCAAUUGUUUUAUCUAACGGUACAACAAUUUGUUGGUGGCCAUCUGUGGGGUCUUGGAUAUUUACCUGUUCGUUUAUUCAAAAAGUCUCUUUUAUCCGUCAUUUCUCAUUGUUUACAGCAAUGAUGACUAUGAGAGUGUCGCUAUUUUUCUUUUUUAUUUCUUUCCUUUUAGGAUUAUUUCUUAAGUUAUUUUUUAUAUUAUUCAUCACAGCUUCCCACAUCUAAAUAAUGUGGCAGGCAUUUCCGGCUGGUUCUGGUUCCACAGAUCGAACAACUUAUAUGUUCACCUAUGUUGAUGCUCAACCAGGAUGCCCAAAAGUUGAAGAUUUGCUAGAAGACUACUGGAACCUUAUGCCAGAAUAUCAGGUUAUUAUUAAAACUUUUAUCAGGAUUCUUGUCAAACUAUUAUUAUUAUUAUUUUGAUUUUCUUUCCUUUUGGAUCAAAUAAUAUUGUAUCAGUUGAAAGGGAUAUGUACUUUUCCAAAAAGUUAUUUUUCUGAAUAAAUAUUGAAGAAUUUGUGUACUUACUGAUGCUGUUGCAAUCAUUCUUAUGAAAUAAUGAUUGUGUUUCUUAUCCAAAUUUUCCCGAGUAUUCAUCAUUCAAGUCAGUAUAUCAAUUGUCAGUAAUCUAGUAAAUGGCAACAUAUUACCUACUAAGGCUUCAAUGAUUAUGAAUUUGUGCUAAAAUCUUAUACCACUUCCAAAGGGCAUUCUGUCCAGAAUGCCAACAUAAUAUCUACUAAAGCUUCAAUGAUAUAUGUACAUUAUUUUAUUUAACUUCUGUCCAGAUCAUUCACAAUCUUGAGAUGUGUACAAGUAUAUGCUACUUGGUAAAUUUUGUCGUCCUUUGUUACAUUGCAUGUCCAAUGGCUGGCUCCCUGCUGGUUCUCUGCAGAGAUUGUUCCACCGUAUCUGUCAACAUGUAAUGAAAGCAGGCUUUGAGUCAAAGAUGCCCACAAUCAGCUGCAUAACUGCAUUUGUUUAUUUAGUUCCAUCAUUUGUUCACUUGCGGAUCACUUAAAAUUUUAACUGCAGUUUCUUACCAAAUUGAUUGACACUUCUGUUAUGGAUUAUGCUUUUAGGAUGAAACAGUAUAAACCUCUAGAUGAGAAUGCUUUUAGGAUGAAACAGUAUAAACCUCUAGAUGAGAAUUCUCGUCAUGCUACUGCUGACUUGGAGUACUCUCUGGCCAUGAGUUGUAAUUCAGACUGGGAAGCAGACAAUCUUUUUUCUUGGGAGGAACUGCUGAAGAGUCAUUUCCCACCUUUCAUCUGUCAGUCAAAUUCUCAAUAUCAGCAGAUUGAGACAACCAUGAUUAGCUCUAGUUUCAAACUUUUGUCUUAUGUGCUUUGUUUGCUUGUAGGGAGUUGUUCUUGAAGAGUUGGAAGUUUUAAGAGUUAUUUUUGGCAUCUUCCCUACAUAUCGUGAGAGGUACAUGUUGCUUCUGUAUGCAUCAAGCUCCUAUAAUUCUUCUGCGCGAAAUGAAUAACUAUCUGAUAAAUCUAUUCUAGCUAUUCCUGAUGGAAUUUACCUUAGGACAUUGAACCGGAGACUCAGCAUGCUCUUUACUUUUUUUACUAGAAAAUUCGUUGUAUCAUCACCACAAAGUCAGUAGUACAAACUCAGGUGGCAGCUGAGUUCUUGAUACAGUCUGUUCACUGGUUGCAUCUCCUUUGUCAUGGUUUCCUUUCUUUCUUUGGCAUAAUUACAUAGAAAUAGGAGGGGAGAGCAGGUCAUCCUCUGUUUAAGAUAAGGAUCAUACUUUUCUCCAAUGCUUUUAUUUGGAGUUGAGACUUCUCAGCUUCACGUGAACGAUCUCCCAAAUAGGAUGAGAGCAACGUUGAUAGUUGGCCCAAAAUGAGCGGUCUUCCAAUACUUUCAUAACCUGGAAGAUCAAAGGCAUCUUUCAACUUAGCACUUCAAUUCUUGAAGGAUUUACUUUGAUGUCUGUGAAGGAUUAAUUGAUUCACUUUGCCAGUUCUUUGUUUGAGAAUCUGUGCGGAUGGCUAUAGUUGAUGAAACGUUUUGCAAUGCCAAGGCUUGUUUUAGCCACUAACCAAUGGAGAGGCACACUUAGAUAGGUCUUUUGUUAUUUAGGCCGCUCCCAAUGGUUUGAUUUUUGACUGCUCUGAUUUUCAUAGUUAUUAUUAUACUCUUUUUUUUUUUCCACCAGUGCAUGAACUCCCCCUUUUAACUUGGUCCGGUCAUUUGGUGUUUCUGACUCAGCCAACCCUGCAGGGAACUAUGAUUCCUGAGGUCCAAGUCUUUAGGUACCAUCCUGACUGCUUGUAGAAAUCAUAAUUCUGUUGCAACUUUACUAACGAUGUACCCUGUUUGGGCCAUAAAAUUCUCUGGUAACGCUGUGAGAUCCCUAUCGUGCACACAAAUCUGUCAUAUUUCGUUUUCUUUAAUCAUGAAUUUUAUUUCCUUUAAAUUGGUUGUAUUUCUUUUGUGAUCCCAAAUCUGUCACCUAAACUGGACUGUUCAACUCUUUCUUUUCAGCCCCCUGCCAGCAGCCUUUGACCGUGUAAUACAGGUGUUCAUCUUCUGCAAAUCUCUUCUGUAUGAUUCCUAUGAAAGGCAUGCAAUUAUCUAACUUUCACUUAGCAGAUUGGUGAUGCUAGUGGAAUUCAGUCGCCAGUUUCUUUUGGUGGAUUUGGGAGCAUGACCCGGCACCUGAAAAGAUUGUCCACAGGUAUCUUUGCUAACUUCUUGAUAUAAAAAUUCUUAAAGCUUGUGAACCUCACAUAUUAUGGAAUGGUAGGCUCCAUACUUUAAAAGCAAAAAUAUGUCGCCUUCGCUCUCUUUGAAUCGAAGUGAUUAUGUUUUUGGGUUGGAGUCUUUCUUAAAAUGGAGCAGGUGCAUGAUCCUUUGUCCUAUCUUUGAAAUCUGUGAAUGUGUUGUAGAAGGAAUAGCCAGACCAUAUAAAUGGAGUUGGCACAUCUAGAUGGCCGAACUAGGUUAGGAUUCUGAGUGGGAAAUAUGCCAAACGAUGCUGGUUUGGCACCGAUCUGAUGAUAUUCGGGUGUCAUGCAUGCACGGUGUUGAUACCCUUUGAGGCCAUGUCCUCAUGUUUAAAGGUAGAUUCUCACUUUCUUUAAGGAGCUUUAACCUCUUUUGAUUUCUUAGGAGUUUCCUUCUAAUUCUGUAUAGCUUUCAUACAAAUCAUAUAGUAAAAAUCGGUUGAAAAGACUAGUUAGCCUUGUAUAACAUUGCAAUUUCAUAUAUCAACGAAGAAGUAUCUAGAAGAGCAAUAAGAAUUAACAUAUUAAGUGAAUAGUUUUAAUUUGAAAAAGAAACCAUGCCACUCCAAUAUUUGCCCCAAGAGAUGCAAGCAAGCCAAGGAAUCUACUCCGUUGUUCCUCAUUCAUCAUCACCAGGUUGAAAAUUAAACCAUCUCCAAGGCUGUGUGUUGGUUGAUUCGGCAAGGAUUGAAAGAGCCCUGAUAAUUGAUUUUUGAGUGGUGCUUCAGAAAGGAAGUGUCCGAAAUGCCUUCAGAAAUUUUACUUGCAAGGCAUCCAUGCGACUAGAAAAAUGUUCUUUUUCCCCUCAGAUCAGUAGCUGUAUCAUGCUGCUUCUGACUUGUGAAGCAGCCGGUCACAUAUGAGAUGGGUCAAUUCUGUCAUGCAGGUUGAAAUCAUGCGGUUCAUAAUCCAUCAUAAUCCAUAGAAGUCACACAAAGUCAGACCAGGUCAACACCUAUGGAUUCUGUAGUAGAACAGGAGAGAUGCUGGAAAUCGGUAUUAGAUAUAGUUAACUUCUAGAGAGAAGGACAAAAUAGAGAGGCCUCACGUCCGUGAGAUGGGAAGUUUUCACCUCACUUCCGUUUAAAUGCCAUGCCCUAUGCACUUCUCUAGAACAUCAACCCCAUCGCAUUGUCUCUUGCGCAAUGUCCAUAUUUGAGUCCAUUACCUGUGAAGUUAUUCAUUCUCAGCAUAGAAGGGGAAGUUCCUUGGGGGCAUAGAAAUGUAGGAAAAAUAAUUCUUAUUGAAGAUAUUUUACUUGUCAAAGGUUUAAAAUAGGUUAUCCCAAUAAUUAGCCAAUUAUGUGAUGAAAACCUUUUAAGUAUCUUUUAUAUGCAUCAUUUUCACCCAGCAACUAGAUGAAAUAAAAGUUACUGCAUGAAGAGUUGGAAAUUUAUGUAUACAAUCAACAUGAUGGAAUUAAUGUAAGAGAUGUAUGUUUAUUUUUGAAAGAGAUUUACUUAAACUUUGAUCUUUGCCUUAAAAGAUUUUGACAUGUUUGUAUCAACACACUUCUAAACUCUAUAGGUUGAAAUGUACCCAAUGUAUCAAGUCAUUCAAAUUUUAUUUAUGAUUUUUAUGUGUUAGAAACUAUAAGCUGUAUAAAAUUUUUGAAAAAGAUUGAGGGUGCUUUGCAAAUAUCAUGUAUUGUUCCUCCCUAUAUAAUGGGGGUUAGAGGUGAAUGAAUCUUGAGGCAGUUUCUGCCAUUCUCUCCUUUGUGACAAAGCUCAUUUCUCCAUUUUCAACAUGGUAUCAGAGCGGGUCAUUCUGGUAGGGUUUCAGGCUUUGUCUAGUGUCUUCUAUCUAGGGGGCUGCUGCUGCUGUCACCUCUAUUUGGCAUCGGCUCUGCUAGGCAUUAAUUGUUUGAGUAUCUUUGUGCAGUGAGGGUUUCUUCUUCUUAUCUUUGUUUGACGAAGGUUUCUUCCUUUGCUGAGUAUCUUUGUUCGGCGAGGGUUUCUUCCUCUAUUGGGUAUCUUUAUCCGACAAGGGUUUCUUCCUCUACCGAGUAUCUUUGUCUAGCAAGGGUUUAUUUCUCUAUCGAGUAUCAUUGUCCAAUGAGGGAUCCUUCAUCUGCUGAGUAUUUUUCUGGUGAGGCCUUCUAGCUCUGUUGAGUAUCUAAUAGGACCUUGCUCCCUUGUUGAUCUAUAUUUGAGAUGAGAGAGAGUGAACAUGAAAUGCAGCUGACUAUAAUUAAAUAAUAGAUGAACAGUACUUGCUAUAGUAGAAGACAACGACUAGUGACGAUGCUCAUUGUUCCUUUUCCGUGGCUCAACGGAGAGAGUGAUUGUUGGACUUAGAAGAAGCAGAUAACUCACAUGACUUCCUAACUUGACAGGACUUGUGAAUAGUAACAAGAGAAAGAGAGAGAAACACACGAAAACUCAGAGAAUAGAAGGGAGAGAGAAAUGAUGAGAGAUAGAGAGAAAGAUAGAGGUGACAGCAGAUGCCUCCCCCGUGAGAUGUUGAGUAGUCUCGCACUCUUUCUUUCAUUUUCCACACCUCUUCUUCACUCCACUUCUCUUCUAUUUGUAGGUGAUACAAGAGGUAGUUAUCCAUGCAGUGGUACGAUGUGACCCAUGUAUUCCACCAAAGAAGUUUGUGAAUUCGGAGGUAGGUUGAGUCGAACCCUUCGGGGCUUUGACCUCUUCUUUUGGGGUAUGUGGAUGAUGUCUGCGAGUCUAACAGUAUCCUUCCAUCAAGACAUUCCCCCUCUACUGAGUAUCCUUCCGGCGAGGCCUUCUGUCUUUGUCGGGUAUCCUUCCGACGAUGCAUUCUGCCUAUGCCAAGUAUCCUUCUAACGAGGCAUCCUGCCUCUGCUGAGUAUCAUUUUGGUGAGGCAUUCUGCCUCUGUUGAGUAUCCUUUCGGCGAGGCAAAAAUUGUGUAUGGUUCCUCCCUAUAUAAUGGGGGUUAGAGAUGAAUGAAUCUUGAGGUGGUUUCUGCUAUUCUCUCCUCUAUCCUGUGUUAGAGGUCGUUUCUCCAUUUUCAACAAUAUGAAAGGAAGGGAAAGUCAGAACCUUGUUCAGAUAAUACGAUAUUGUAUAUUUUUCAUAUACCAUUCGAAUUUAUUCAUUUUUAUCUACUUGGGCAACAUAAAGUUUUCCAGCUUGGUUGGUCCUCUUUGUGGUUGAUAUUAAUCCUCCCAUCGAACAAAACUGAGCGAGAAAUAAGUAUAUUGCUUAAUUGAAACUUUGUUUAAACAACAUGUAAAUUUUCGGGACUUACAUUGCCAUCAUUUCUUGGAUACAAGGAAUACACGAGGCUGUUAUGGGCGAUUUUCUUGAUGCACGCAGCUUAUCGUUGCUCAAUCCUUACAUGGUGAGCAUUUUGGCAACUCAUCGCUAAUAGUCAAGAGUAUGAUCCAUGUUUUUCAUUGCAAGUCACAUAUCUGGGCAGCCAAAUUUACGAGCAUCGUGGUUGUUUCAAAGAGCAAUGUCAGCACAGAAGCACUCCAGUGUCUCAUCAACAUUUAUUAAUGAUCUACUUCAUGCCAAUUUCAUAUCUAUGCAGGUAGACGUUAAAUUUCAUUUCGUUCCAAACACCAUUUCUCACCGCCCUUAUAUCAUUCUUCUUGUCACAUGUAAUUUCAGAGUCUUGGGGAUCCAGUGCUCCGACCGUUUCUCCAGGUCAGUACAUUGUAAUCACUGAUACCGAUUCAUGUGCGUGUUUUGGAUUGGCAGCUAUAAGCACGAGUCGAUUAUUGCUAUUUCCCUCUUCCAAGUCCUCUGCUUACUGUUAAACUCCCCCAACUUACUUGUACUCGUGGUGCUUUGUUAGGACGUGAUACAGUUUGGGCCUCUGGUGAAGACAUUGGGUUUGGUCGUGCUGACUCAACCAGGGAUUUUGCCGUCGAUCUUCAGCCAGGUAUAACACAACUCAUCCAUCAUUUUUCGUGUACUAAUCUCCCGAGCUCUAUCCAAUUAUGGCAUGAAAGUUGUUUUCAUACUGUUCGUAGCUCUAGGGCCGAAGAUGUCAUGCAACUGGCCUUGAAUGUUGGAUACAUAACGCUCACAGCAUGCCAAUUAGACUUUCUAUACCACUCAUUGCUGUUCGAUCUUGAUGCCGCCCAAUUUUCGUAGUGCAGUCUAGGCACUCGUCAGAUAUCAUUAUGGAUGCAGUCUCUCUCUACGUAGGAUAAUCUCGUCUUCCCUGAAGAGCAGCGUUCUGCGUACACCGAUUGAGACUGGGAUCUCGGUGCUGGGAUCUUUGGACAAAUGGACAAAUAUCUAUGGAAGCUAACCGCCACCCAAAAGGGGUGUAAUUUUAAAUAAAUUGUAGUGCCAGUAAGAUGCAGAUACCUUAGAUCAGCAGGCAUUCUCAUAUUCCCCUCUGCAUCGUUUUUUCACGUCAUAUAUAUGGCUAUGGCAUCUACCUUUGAGCAAUGAUUCAACCUGAGAGAAGAGCACGCGUGUGGCGGACUCGGUGGAUGUAGCUUGGAUGAGCAUCGACUUCCUUCCUGUGUUCCUGAAGUUCUCAACCUCGGUUACUUAAUUUCAGAUCGGACUUGGUGUGAUUCUCGAUUGGUCCGUGCAUUUCUUCAUGCUGGGGCAGUACACGCUCCUCUCAAAGUUCGUCGACCCGGCGAUAAGGUAUGGUGCCCCGACGAUCUCAGCAUCAGAUCAAAUCAAAUCAACAAGGAACUCCUGCUGACGUGAAACGUGAAAUGCUUCCUCUGCUCUGUUUUUGGCUGGUGGCGCGCUUUCUACCUCUAGGCCAUGGAUCGAAGGGCUCCCGGAGAAGGAGAGAUUCCACUGGAGGAGGCGUCUUGAAGCCUGGAAGUAUGGAUCUGGUCUCGACUACGAGCUGUAG